AUAAGAUGUCGUCACAAGAGCCCACCAAAAAGCUGCUCAAGGGCAUAGCAGACCUACAUGGAAGCAGUAAAUAUUCCGACCUCAUUAUCACCUGUGGUACCGACACAUACAAUGUCAACAAAGCUAUUGUCUGUCCCCAGUCUGAGUUCUUCCGCCUCGCCUGCGACAGCAAAUUCAAGGAGGGCAAGACUGGCAUCAUUGAAAUCCCUGCUCGCAACAAGGAGGAUGAUCAGGAUGGAGUCGACUGGGAUGCCGAUGCAGAAGACCCCGAGGCUCUCAAGCACAUGAUUCACUACUUCUACCACAUGGAUUACCUUGAAGCCGAGUCUGUCAAAGUGAGGAAAUGGAAACCUGUCAAGCACUACGACGACUACGAGAUCUCAGACGGCAUCUUGGUCUACCACGCAAUGCUCUACGCCAUGGGCGACAAGUACGGCAUCCCCGGUCUCAAAGAUCUCUCCCGUAGCAAGUUCCAGGACACCUUGAAGUACAGUGCGGCUGGAUAUGCCAAGGCUAUCAAGAUCGCAUUUACCAGCACCCCUGAGUCAGACAAAGGCCUUCGUCAUAUCAUCAUCAGGAACCUGAGCGUUCACCGGGAGUGGAUCCAGCUGGCACCCGUGAUGGAAGCGAGUGUUCAAUGCUUUCCUGACUUGUUGUACGCUCUGUUGCUCUACCAACUCGGACUUUGGGAUUGCCUUGCAGGAAGACGUGACAAACCUAAGUACAAACGAGCGUUUGAGCACCGACUCAAAGCAGAUAUUGAUACCUCGAUCGCGCUUCAUCUAUAUCAGUUGUUGGCAAACGUCUGGCCUCCCAGUAUCAUCCACCCUCCAUUUGGACUGCGCUUUACCAACCACCAAAUCAGCCUUCCUUACAACAUGGUUGCGGAAAAAGCUCUACAGACGUUGCUCAAGGACCUCACGAUCACUUGCGGAUCUGACGCCUACAAAGUCCACAAAGCCAUUAUAUGCUCCCAGUCCGAGUUCUUCGACCUCGCAUGCCGUAAACACACCGACGCUGGCGGCGAGUUCGAGGAAGCUCAGUCCGGCAUCGUCGAUAUACCCAGCCGCAAUGCUGGUACUGAUGCCAACACCACUGAACUUGAGGACUCCAGAUGGAACGCAGAUGUCGAGGAUCCCAAGUGUGUCAAGCUCAUGAUCCACUACUUCUACCACCUGGACUACCUCGAGAUCGAAACUGCCAAGCUCAAGGAAAAGACCCGUCUCGAGGAGGAAUACCAAGAAGCCUACGAACACACCAGUGAAGGAUUCGCCAACUCGAUGAUUGUCAUCUACACCAGCACCAUCGACAAUGACAUGGAAUUGCGCAACGUCAUCAUCGAGGUUCUGAACAAUGACAUGACCAACCUCAUGAGCAAGCCAAAGAUCUAUCAGGAUGUCAAGGAGCUUCCUCUGCUCUCGCAUGCUCUUUUGCUCAAG